UCGAGUUUUUCCACACCUGCGAGAGGAGUUUUGUGCUUGUGUUGUCAUGUGUUGUGUUGGAUGGGAUUCGGUAAAAUUGUGUUUGAUUUUAAUGGUUAAUUGCAUGUUUGGAGUACAGCUGAAAAUUACAUAAACGGGUGACACAAUAUCCAUGACUCAAUAUGACUUCUGGGUAUGGCAGUUGGUAGCACAAUAUAUUAUAUAAUUUUACAAGCCUGCAUUUGGUGGCCAAACAAGUGGAGGGAUUAAUUGUUCACACUGUAUCACCUGAACUGUAUUGACAUCUAUGGCUAUGCGAUGAAUCUCAGGUAUUACCCUUAUGGUCCUGAUGUAGGAAUAUCCUAAUAUUCCUUGAUUUUUAAAAAACUAACAAACAUGAGAUUAAAAAUGUCACAUUACAUAGUGGCUGCCAUCUGAUUUUAUGCAUCCAUAUCAGUAAAGUAGGGGCUGGCCAUUGAACCUGAAUGUAAAAGCACAUGAUUUACUGGAAGCUAAAACAGUGAUGAGAGGUCUUUUCUUUUGGUGAUCCUCUGUUAUCUAGCCUUACCUAAUUUGUAACAUGACUUUAAUUUAUCAAAGCAUGUUUUCCACCCAUUUAACAAUAAUCUGAGCAGCUAGAAACAAUACAAACUGCUCAGAGAAAUUAAAGACUAAAUGUAUAGCCCUACAAAGGCCACAGGACCAAGGGCACUGCAAACGCUUCAGUGUAAAUUAUAAAAUAAAUUGUGUUGACUUUUUUGUGAGCUCACGUAACGGGGAGGUGGGUGCAAAGUGCACACUUUGUUGUCUCUUUUAGGGUAAUAAAGGCAGCUGUUAGAAAUGAUAACCCCUGGCAGUUGUUAUGAAUGCCAAGUAUCCAACAGAAAGUAUCACAACACUAUGACCUCGCCCCGCACAACAGCACCGGUGUGCACUGUGAAGUAAAAUAAACACCCUCCGGUUAACCACAUUAGCUUGUAGUGCUAGCCACAAGAGGAGCAGACAAGCCACCAAAACGGGAUGAAGGAUGUACUCCAACUUUAUCUACCAUCACGGUUAGCACCACCCUAGAAUAAAACUCAUGUGAUUUUUCUAAAUGUCAGUGGAAACAGCUGACUCAAGUUUGACGGGUAUCGCACCAGAUUUCCAUUUGUAACAAUUACCCUGAGGAAGCAGUGCUGGAAAUUCACUUGGAUUCAGCCUUUUCCUCUGUUAAUAGAUCAACAAAUCACCUGCUGAUGACCACAUCUGAAGCUAAACCUGAGUUGUGAGUCAUUAGAGGAGAAGCUGGGCUGAUGACAAGCAUGACAUUAAGCCAAGCCACAGAUGCAUGCGCACUCAAAAGGCCCAACUGAGCGCCAUCCCCCCUGCUUCCCGGCUUUCAACCAGUCGCUCAGAAGGGGGGUGUCGACGGGGUGUAGCUAGUCCCCAGCACCCCCUAGUAUAACCUCACCGUGAACCUGGAGGUCUCUGAUGGAUCAGGGUAGUAGUGAGCAGAGUCCAGAGGAGCCGGACGCAGGAGGCCGAGCGGAGCCGGAGGUCAGCAGGAGGGCAUCGGAGUCAGAGCACGGCUUGUCCAAAAUCACCCAUAAUGCCCUGGAGAACAUGGGAGCGUUGGGCCAUGGCCUGAAGCACUUUUUCCAGCCACAGCGCCGACGCUCCUCCGUUUCCCCACAUGACUCCGUCUCAUCCUGCACAGGCGCCCCUCCCUCCGAGCCCACUGAUGUAGGGUCAGAAGUAGGGGAUGCUCCUGCCUCCUCGGCCGUCCCUUUGGAUUCUGACAACCCUACUGCUUCCGCCCCUCCUGCAGCUCUGAGCCGUGUUCUGCAGCAGAUCCGAGGUGCUCCACCGAUGAUGAAGCGAGGCACCAGCCUGCAGAGCCGCCGCAGCAAGGUGGGGGGCGUUGGGGAUCCUCCCCAGAAAGGUAGCCCACAGAUCCACCGGCGCAGCACCCAUGAGGCCCUGUUGCAGGCUGGACGCCCACGCUCCUCCUCGACCACAGACACACCCAGCAGCCCAGCUCUUGCUGACAUGCUGCUGACUUCUGGUUACCACUCAACUGAGGAGCCUGACAAGCUGGAUCGUUAUGAUGGAUCAGGCCCUGCCGUGUCACCCAAUGCCCUCCCCUAUGGUGCUGAUGGAUAUGAUGUAGUUGACAGUACCCCAGACCCCCAGAGAACUAAGCAGGCCAUUGCCCAACUACAACAGAAAAUCCUCAAGCUCACAGAACAGAUCAAAAUUGAACAAACCGCACGUGAUGACAACGUGGCUGAAUACCUGAAACUUGCUAAUAAUGCAGACAAACAGCAGAGUGCACGGAUCAAACAGGUGUUUGAGAAGAAGAACCAAAAGUCAGCUCAGACUAUCCAGCAGCUGCAGAGGAAGCUGGAGCAUUACCACCGGAAGCUUCGAGAGGUGGAGCACAAUGGCAUCCCUCGACAGCCCAAAGAUGUUUUCCGAGACAUGCACCAGGGGCUAAAAGAUGUUGGAGCCAAGGUGACAGGUGGUCUUUCCAGUAUCUCGCAAGCCACUCACUCUGCAGCUGGAGCUGUUGUGUCUAAGCCAAGAGAAAUCGCCUCUCUAAUCCGCAACAAGUUUGGCAGUGCUGAUAAUAUUGCAGCCCUGAAAGACUCCUUGGAUGAAACCCAGGGAGAUGACGGUGUUGGCCCUGGAGGAGCGAGGGCCCUUGGUACAGGACAUUUGCAGUCCAGCCCAAAGUAUGCCAGUGAUGAGGACUGCUCCAGCGCUACUUCUGGUUCUGCAGGAGCCAACAGCACGACUGGAGCUCCUGGAGGACCCCCUAGCUCAAAGGGCAAUACCCUUGAUCAUGCCCAGGCGUCGGGCUUUGAUGCUAUACUGCAUGAGAUCCAAGACCUUCGAGAAAAUCAAGGUCGACUGGAGGAGUCCUUUGAAAACCUGAAAGCUCAUUAUCAGCGUGAUUACACAAUGAUCAUGGAGGCCCUACAAGAGGAACGAUACAGGUGUGAACGUUUAGAAGAGCAGCUCAAUGACUUGACAGAACUUCACCAGAAUGAAAUUCUGAACUUGAAACAGGAGCUAGCCAGCAUGGAGGAGAAGAUUGCUUACCAGUCUUAUGAAAGAGCGCGGGACAUUCAGGAGGCGCUGGAGGCUUGUCAGACGCGUAUCUCAAAGAUGGAGCUGCAGCAGCAGCAACAGCAAGUGGUGCAGCUCGAGGGUUUGGAAAACGCCACAGCACGGACUCUACUUGGAAAACUAAUCAAUGUGCUGCUAGCUGUUAUGGCAGUCCUCUUGGUGUUUGUGUCCACAGUGGCUAACUGUGUUGUCCCCCUGAUGAAAACACGCAGCCGCACACUUUCUACGUUGCUCCUCGUAAUCCUCCUAGCCUUCCUCUGGAGGCACUGGGAUGCUAUUUCAGAGUAUCUCCAUCACUUUCUCCUGCACCCCAGAUGACCAGCUUGGAGAGGCUUAUUUAAACGCUGAAGGGACAGGGUUUAAAACUGAUGUGUAAAGGCAGGACACUGACUCAUACUAGGAGUUUAAUCUCAAUUGUCCUACCUUUUCUUUCUCUUUGGCAGCUUCUCAAAACACUCAGGAGGAUUGCGUCAGCGGUUUGUCACUUUAUCACUUUCUGAAAUGUGUUUUGAGAAGGCUAAAACAGAAUGGAGAAAAGGCUGGAUUUCGUAUUGACUUGCUGUCAAUGGUGCAAUUGUGGCACAAGCACACACUGUAAAAGGGUGAAUGAGGCAUAGUUGAAGGAGGGGCUGAGAGAACUGCACGCUUGGUUUCUCUCUUCUGAGUGAAUUUGUUUACAUGCGGAAAACUUUGCAUUGUUUCCCUGCAAAGGAAAUUGUAAUUCAGUAAGUUUUAUGACUUUUGAGCUGAUUCAAGUGGUAUUGUUUUGAAGUCACUACUAUUUUCAAUACAACUGAUUGAUGGGUUUGUAUUUUCUUUUAACUGUGAUGAGCCGGCAGCAUUCUACUGAUUUAGUUGUCCACAUUUUCUUUUUGUAAGUUCUCUCUGUCUCGUUCCUCUGGUCUUGCCAUUCUGGUUUUUCAGUCUGCUCUUUCUUUACUCAGUCUUUUGAAAUUUCAGCUUGUGUGACCAACUCUUCCUCUUCUUGCUCGCUACACUCUGAAGAAUCGGGUGCUUGCACAUCAGCUUCAUUGCUCUGAAAACAAAAUUAUCACUGGAUCAAGCAGUAGUAGGUUUUUGACUUGUUCCUUUUGGAUGUGUGAAGUCGAUAACACUGGUUAUGCCACAACCAGGAUAUUACUAUCAAGAACUUUUAUGUGGAGUUGUGACCCUCCCCUCUGGGCCAACUGGAUCCGACUAUUGUGGUGGCUUUUCCACUGCAGAAGAAUAAUCUAUGAACUUAAUCAAUAUACUUGAAGAGCGGAUAAAGUGCUCAAAGACUCAGUGCUUCCGUACUGUUUCUAUUAGUGACAAUGAAAUAGUAAUACUUUUUAGUUGAUUUUUUUAUUUUUUAAAGACGAAUAAAUUUGCUGUUUUAAAAGGU